CUGCGCGCAGCAAGAGCGAAACCAAGAGCGCUCGUUGGAAAUGGCGGGCGGCGGCGGCGACAACUCAUCCUGGCCGAUGGCCCUCCGGAGCGCGGCCCACCCCCAGCACGAGCUGGUCUACCAACUCCGCCGCAACCGCUGCGACCUCUGCGGCGGCACCAUCUCCGGCGAGUUCGGAUACCGCUGCGACGCCUGCAACUUCGACGCCCACGGCGGCUGCCUCCGGCCGGACGCCCGGACCCAGGCCCGGACCGCGCUGCCGGCGCUGCCCAUGCCCAGGCCGAACUCUUCAAGCUACGCCGCCCCAGCGCCGCCGCCGCACCACCACCAGUGGGGCCACGCCCCUGCGCUUCCCGCACCGGCGCGGCCGAAGACACAGGUCAAUCUGUCCUUGUCCGGCCCCUUGAGCUUGCACCAGCACCACCACCAGCAAAACUCGGGUGCCAAUCCUCCCCUCAUGCCCCAUAACUAUCCUGCGGCGCAGCACAACUAUGGUUAUUACGGGAACGGAGCAGAUCCCGGCGUCCCGGUGAGCUACAACCAUCAGCAGCAGCAACAAGGCUACCCGGCCACCAACAGCCAUGGAGGCAAGUGCUGUUCCAUGAACCAUCUCACACCCUAUUUGUAUUUGCAGUUACUUUAUUGAUCUGGAUUAGUUUAGCAAAUUAGUAAUUUCAUAUGCUAAAUGCUUCACACAUAUCAUGUAUGCU